AUGGCUAUGAACAUGGAAACGUCUUUAUACGAGGCUAUUUGCAACGAGGUAUCUCUGGAUAAAAUUUCAAAGUUAAUUAAGCAAGGUGUUGAUUGCAAUUUAUCACAUUUUGAUUCAUACAAUUUCAAGUUUAUUUCACCGAUUAAGUUGGCUGCUGAAACAAGUGUUUAUAAAUAUGGUUCACUACGUCUUCUUUAUAAAAAUCGUAAUAGUCCAACGAAAAUGCAAAUUGAAAAACAUUUAGCAUUCUAUUUCAAUUAUUAUGACUCAUCAAAUAACGAAAAAAAUGAUUUAUUUUUUGAAUUCACUAUUUCUCGACUUCUUCAUACACGUAUUAGCCAAUAUACAUCUGAAGAAAUGGAUGUUAUUAAUGUAGCCCUUUGGAAUUACGAUAAAGUAUUAUUACAUGGACGAAAAUUAAAUAUUGGAUUGACGUAUAAUAAAUUUCUUAAAGUACGUAUCUAUACGCUAUUUCAAUGGCUAGCCAAGAUGAGAGCCGAUACUUCAUCGACACAUAAUUCUACAGAAUAUGCCAUUAUUGAAAAUGAAUUGUUACAUCAUUUAGAAGCCUAUUAUCUUCUAUAUGAUAUUCAACAUAUUCCUAUAGAAUUUACUAAAGAUAUGAUGCAAUCAAAGUUGAAUAAGGAGAAAUCAUUUAGACGUCUUGUAUUGGAAUGCUACAGAGACAUUGCAGAAAAUAUCAUCAAGAAAAUCAACGAACUUCAACCAAAAGAAGAAUAUAUAAUUCCAACUGGUUGGGAUGGUCAUGCCGUUUGUAUUACAUUUAGACGAAUCGAUCAGACUCGUAUCAGUAUUCGUGUUGAUAAUCCUAGUCGGUUAAAUCCACCAAAUAUGCACGAAACUGAACUCAUUGCAUCAAAUGUCCAUCGAAUUCGAUCGAAAAUGUUGGGUCUAUUAGAUAUUGCAAAUUUAGAUAAAAAUAUCAAUUAUUUUAUGUUACUGGUCGAUAGUAUAAAACAAAAUUGA